UUUGCUACUUCAAUCUAGCUUCUAGAUUAUCAUAAUUUAGCUGUCUUUUCGGUAGCUAUGAAAAUGUUAAGCAGUCGGUGGUUUAUAUGAUAUACGCAUUUUGUUAGAAUCGUUAAACCGCCCUUUACCGCCGAACUACCAAGCUAGAUAACGAUAGCUUUCCAGCGAGCUGACUUGUUAUAGAGCCGGUUUGCUAAAUGGCUGGACAGACUUUUAACGCGAAAAAGACAGCGACUAAGGGCAGAGCUGGUUUUGAAACCAUGGACCAAAAGAUUCCAUAUGAUGACUACCAACUCCCUGUGGUCUUCUUGCCGUCCUAUGAGAGCCCGCCAACAUGGAUACCCCCGCAGGAGCGGAUGCACCAUCCUGACUACAACAAUGAGUUGACCAAAUUCCUGCCCCGCACCAUUGUCUUAAAGAAACCUCCAGGGGCUCAGCUGGGCUUCAACAUUCGUGGGGGAAAGGCUUCCCAGCUGGGAAUCUUCAUCUCCAAGGUGGUCCCAGAUUCGGACGCCCACAGGGCAGGGCUUCAGGAGGGAGAUCAAGUUCUGUCUGUCAACGAAGUGGACUUCCAGGACAUCGAGCACUCCAGGGCUGUUGACAUCUUGAAGACUACCAGAGAGAUUCUGAUGAGGGUACGCUACUUUCCCUACAAUUACCAGAGACAGAAGGAACGGACUGUGCACUAGGCGGCAGAAGAGUUCAGAGUUGGGAGAGUUUGAGUGUAUUAGUUUCAUAGGAAUUGACAUCCUUGGUGGACAGACAGGUAUGUUCCUGGUGCCCCCCCCCCCUCAGUUUCAGCUCAUGAGUGAAUGAACUAUGACUAACAUGUCCCUUCACACUUACGCCCGGACCACAUGAAUACUUUGCAUUCCACCCUGCUGCCACCGCAUACAAGAACACACACCGCUUGAGCUACUGGGAGGGCAUCAGCUGUUGACUCACAGUGAGUCACGCACGGACCAGGCACACUGUCCUCUGUGAGGCUAAUACACUCUGCAUCUUGUGAAGAGUCAUUACGAGUACGGAGGAUCUGUGUUUUUGGGUGCCUGGAGCUUAAUAUUGUGUAAAAUGUUUAGAUGAUUUCCAGUACUUUGAGAUGAAAUCUAUAUUAGCUGAGGUGAACGUUCGAGGCCAAGUAUUCUUAAGGGAAGCCGUCAUCACUGAAUGGAUUGAGUGACGAUGACAGGAAUGAAGCUAGCAGUCCUUUGUUGAAUACGCUAACCAACCUGCUUUUGUUCACCUCUGAUCCAGUCUGAAUAAGUUGCAAAACUGGAUACCCCUACUGUAUGUUUGCAUGUAAUGAUGUUAUAUAACAUUUGUGGAAUGCACCAAGGUCCUUCUGUGCCUUGACACAGUGUAAAGUAUGUAAUUUCAUAUGAACUGUUGAGAGAUCUUCUAAGACUACAGCAUUUGUUUUCACAGACUGUAAUUACACUCUUCAAGUAAACCUUUGACGAUACUUUAUAUGGUGUGUCAACUGCUAAGGUGCCAAAACGUCUCAUUCAACUAUGACCGUAGUGUUGUAAGGCCUUGGGUUUAGACCACUACAUUAAAAUCACGUUUGAAGUGCUGUGUGCUGUUGUUGAUGGUCCCUCGCUUAUUUUGAGGGAAUGAGUUCCAAGUCUGUUUUAACAAUGUUUUAAUAGAAUUGUAAUGAUUAACUACACUCCAUUUCCUUAAUGGCUGUAAAAUGGAGGUAGGAUAUUUAUGACUCACCUCUUUAGCGCUCCUAACUUCUGUGACACACUUUUAGUAGACUAAAUUAAAAAAAAAUUACUCUA